UAUGUUGAAAGCCUUGCUCCCUCUCCUGCUCUGGAUCUCGACGGGAUCCACGGCUCCAGCCGGUGUUGCCACGUAUUUGAGAUCCAAUGGAAUUGUGGCUUUCCACAAGUUAUAUCACCUGAAGAUGAACUUCCCGAGAGCCAAAAAACACUGUGAGCAGAAUGGAGCUCAUCUGGCGGGGAUCACAUCUAGAGAAGAGGCUCAGAAGUUGAUAGACCUCGCAAACGAAGCCGGUGAAAGUAACGAACAAUACUGGCUCGGCGGUCAACGGAAAGGAGAAUGCUACGGAAUGCGCAACUACGACAAGGAUCACGGACUCAAUGCCACUUGCUCAUUGAGCAACGUGGUUCAAUGGUUGGAUAACGUGGCGGAAACCAUUGAUCCGGAUUGGUGGAAGAUCCCUGGACCAUCGCAUAUCCCUUUCAAUAUGCCUCAGCAGUGUCUAUCGUUUGUGCAUGGAGACCGGGAUUGGACAACUCCGAAUGAUCCGGGAUUCUUGGAUGAUAUUGGUUGUGAUGUUCCGCGAAAGUUCUUCUGUACGGAACUUCACGAAUGGUAGAGAUAUGGGAACUGAUGAUGAAGAUGAUAUUUUCUAUGAUAAAAUGAAUAUGUUUUGAAGUCUA